GCGGCUGCGCGUCGCGUCCUCUCCAGGUUCCAUGGACCAGCUUCACCGCAGCAGCUCCUGCUCUCACUCCGCCUCCUCUUCCUCCGCGGCGCUGCUCUACGACACCGCAGGUUAUGCCACCCCAAGGGCGUCCUGGAUCUCCAGCCGUGAAAGAGAAGGGCUGAGCUCCACCCCCCCCCCAAGUUCCUGCUGCUUAGCACCUUCCCCUUCUUCCCUCUUAUGAUAAGUCCCCUCGCCCAACCUCACUAGCCCCCCGACUCCUACACCUGACCCCCUGCCACCCCCGCCAUCCUCCACAGCAACACCUUACUUCGUUCCUUCUCUCCCACUAAGACUUACCCUGCCAGUCCCUUGCGAUCUACUCUUUACCGACUAGCUGCACGCCAGGCCCCAUGGCGACAGGAGGUCAUGCCCCUGAGAUAGACGUGCUGAUCAAUCUACAACAGGUGAAAGUGGAGGAGGAAGAUGAGGAAGGAUCUCUGGAGGACGAGGAGGAGGAGGAGGAGAACUGGGAGAAGGCGCUGUCUGUGGAGCGCUUUGGGGACAUUUUUGGUGACUCUGCUUCUACCAGUGGAGACAAGAUGGGCCGACACUACACUGAGAAAGACUUUGAGAAUCACAGACACACAUUCCACCACACGCACCACCCCCUGUCCGCCCACCUGCCCCUGCCCCUGCCCCAGCGGCUACGCAAGCGGGUGCACAGCGCGGACAGAAGACGCAAAAAGAAACGGAAGAAAAGAAAGACGUCCCUGCCCCCCUCCGAUGUUACGCCCACAAUCCAGGAGGUAGACGAGGAGGAGGCGGAGUCUGAGACCGACGGACUGGGGGCGGCCGCCACGCCCACAGAGCUACCUGGCAUGCAGCCACAGUUUAGUUUGGGGAGCCAAGAGGACUUGGAGGAGCCCCUUCCACUCUCUACCGUCCACACGGAAAAUGAAGAGCGGUCGUCGUCGUCGGGGAAAGCUGAAGUCACGCCGAUAGAGGGGGCGGCUCACAACGGGGGGAGUGCUGCUCCUAGACAGGAUGAGGAGCUGGAUGGGGAGGAGGUGGAUUGCAACAGUGUUCCCCCGGGAUUGGACCCCUCAACGUCCACCACGGCCUGCGGCUGGUUCCGCAGGAAGCCCGUCCACCAUCGCCUGGCGGGCGCCCAGCGGAGCAACUACGACCUGCGGGAGCGAAUCUGCAUCGGGAGCAUGACCGCUCUGGAGACCGCUGUCUACCAGCAGGUGCCCACUGAUGAGGCGGAGGCCCAGAUGUUGGCCAGUGCUGAUCUGGACGACAUGAAAAGCCACAGAUUUGAGGACAACCCCGGGGUGAGACGCCACCUGGUGAAGAAGUCGUCCCGAUGUCAGCUGACCCGGACCAGCAACAGCUCCACGCCGCUCUCCAGCCUGAAGAAGAGGAAGAGAGCUGCCGAGAAGAAGACACAUGAGGUGUUCGUGGAGCUCAACGAGCUGAUCGUGGAGAAGGAUCAUGAAAUGCGUUGGAAGGAGCGAGCUCGCUGGAUCAAGUUCGAAGAGGAUGUGGAGGAGGAGACCGACCGCUGGGGAAAACCUCACGUGGCCUCGCUCUCCUUCCGCAGCUUGCUGGAGCUUCGUCGCACCAUCACGCACGGUGCCAUCCUUCUGGACCUUGAGCAGAACUCUCUUCCUGGAAUCGCUCACCUGGUGGUGGAGACUAUGAUCAUCUCUGAUCAGAUCAGAGCCGAGGACAGACCCAGCGUUCUGCGGGCGCUGCUGCUCAAACACAGCCAUCCGAGUGAUUUCAAACAUCGCUUUCACCGCCACCACUCAUCCAGCAGUCUGCAUGGCAGCCUCAAUCACAACCACGCCCCUGAAACCAACCUGCCGCUAGUGACCGAGGAGCACGAUGAACACCAGGAUAACAAGGGGCCGGUGUAUGACCCCAAACAAGACGUGUUUGUCAGCCUCUUUAAAUCUCUCCACCCUCUGCCUCCCGAGAGCCAUCCAGCUGCAGCCAGAUCCAUGAAGCUGCUCGCCAAGAUUCCCAAAGACGCAGAAGCUGUCAUUGUUUUAGUCGGCUGUGUGGAGUUUCUGGAGCAGCCGGCCAUGGCGUUCGUCCGGCUGAACGAGGCUGUGCUUCUGGAGUCCGUGCUCGAGGUCCCCGUCCCCGUUCGCUUCAUUUUUGUCCUGCUUGGUCCCAGUCAGUCCAACAUGGACUAUCAUGAGAUCGGACGCUCCUUCUCCACCCUCAUGUCCGACAAGAACUUCCACGAGGUGGCCUACUUUGCGGACGACAGACAGGACCUCCUGAACGGUAUCAACGAGUUCUUGGACUGCAGCAUCGUCAUCCCGCCCUCGGACGUGGAGGGCAAAGACCUCCUGAAAACGGUGGCUGACUUCCAGAAGCAGAUGCUGCGCAAGAGGAAGGAGCGCGAGCUCAAAAAGCAACACUCCUCAUUCGGGGUGGUGCAGGAGAACAAUGAGGUGAGCCCGGAGGAGGAGGGCGAGGGCGACCAGGAGGUGGAUCCGUUGAUGCGCUCUGGGAUCCCGUUCGGAGGCCUGAUCCACGACAUCCGCCGCCGCUACCCGCACUACGUCAGUGACUUGAAAGAUUCCCUGGACAUGCAGUGCAUCGCCGCCGUCAUCUUCAUCUACUUCGCGGCCCUGUCGCCCACUAUAACCUUCGGAGGCCUGCUGGGAGAGAAAACAGAGGGGCUGAUGGGAGUUACUGAGCUUAUCGUUUCCACUGCAACUCUCGGGGUCAUAUUCUCGCUGCUUGCUGGUCAGCCGCUCCUCAUCAUUGGCUUCUCAGGACCCUUGUUGGUGUUUGAAGAGGCCUACUACAAGUUCUGUCAAGCUCACGACUAUGAGUACCUGACGGGCCGGGUGUGGAUCGGUUUCUGGCUCAUCGUCAUCGUGCUGGUGAUGGUGGCGGCGGAGGGCAGCUUCCUCGUCCGCUACAUUUCGCCCUUUACCCAGGAGAUCUUUGCUUUCCUCAUCUCCCUCAUCUUCAUCUAUGAGACCUUCUCCAAGCUCAUCAAGGUGUUUAAGGAACAUCCUCUGAUGUCCUUGUACACCAGUGAUUUGACCCCAGCUACUGUGCUGCACGAUGACGACAUCCCCGUCUUCAACCAGCCCAACACCGCUCUCCUCUCUAUGGUCCUUAUGCUCGGCACCUUCUUUGUUGCUUUCUUCCUCAGGAAAUUCAGAAACAGUCGAUUCUUAGGUGGCAAGGCCAGAAGAAUCAUCGGGGACUUUGGCAUCCCUAUUUCAAUUCUGGUCUCAGUGUUGUUGGACUACGCCAUUACUGACACUUACACACAGAAACUCAACGUGCCGUCGGGCUUUUCAGUCACGUCCCCUGAAAAGAGAGGAUGGUUCAUCAGUCCCUUCGGUGAUAAGCAGCCUUUUCCAGCCUGGAUGAUGGCAGCAAGUAUUGUACCUGCGCUUCUCGUCUUCAUCCUCAUCUUCAUGGAAACUCAGAUUACUUCAUUGAUAGUGAGUAAGAAGGAGCGUCGUCUGGUGAAAGGCUCCGGUUUCCACCUGGACCUGCUGCUCAUCGUCAUCCUGGGGGCCUUCUGUCCCCUCUUCGGCCUGCCGUGGCUCACCGCGGCCACUGUCCGCUCUGUCACUCAUGUCAACGCACUCACGGUCAUGAGCAAGGCCACGGCGCCUGGCGAGAAGCCCAUGAUCCAGGAGGUGAAAGAGCAGAGGCUGACCGGGCUUCUUGUGGCUGUGCUUGUCGGCAUGUCCAUAGUGAUGACGGACGUGCUGCGCCUCAUCCCCCUGGCCGUGCUCUUCGGUAUCUUCCUGUACAUGGGGGUCACCUCUCUGACGGGCAUCCAGCUGUAUGAGCGCAUCACCCUGAUGGUCACGCCCGCCAAGCACCACCCCGACCACAUCUACGUCACCAAGGUGAAGACAUGGCGGAUGAACAUGUUCACCAUCAUCCAGUUGGCGUGCAUCGUGGCUCUGUGGGUAGUGAAGUCCACUGUGGCCUCGCUGGCGUUCCCCUUCGUCCUCAUCAUGACGGUGCCGCUGCGCCGCCUCGUCCUCUCCAGGAUCUUUCAGGAGCGUGAGCUCCAAGCGCUGGACUGUGACGAAGAUACUCCCAACUUCGAUGAAGACGGACGGGACGAGUACAACGAGAUCCACAUGCUUGUGUAAAUCUCAAAAUGGGGCCCGGCCGACCGCACCUCCUCCGUUCCUGCAGCUCUGACCAAUCAGAGGAGGCCUCUCUGGAACACCUCAGCAGAGCGAGAGGAGCUACCAUAAUGGUGUUUGUAAAAUAUACACAAAGCUGUAGCUGGAUAAUUACUUACUUAGCUUUGUUUAUUCCAGUUUUUCAAAAGAGCACACCUCGUGUUAGAUCUCUGUGGUGGUGGUGGUGGUGGUGGUGGUAGUGGUGGUACUGGUGUUGUGUUAACCUCCCUGAAGAUGUUCUGUCAGAGGCGAACAGCUCUGCGCACCCUGUCUGAAGUGGAAGCUGCAAACCACACAAACACUUAAUCCAACUUUUUUUAUCCCGUCUAUCCCUUUAACUACCACGCAGGUUUCUGGGCAUGAGUGCAAUGAUGAUGGUGACCUCCCGGACGACAGCUGGUGGUGAUGAUGAUGAUUUAGGCUGAUUUUGGCAGCGAAAAGUGGGAAAUCUGGUCAAUUUCCUCUCAUUUCAUUCAGGAAGCGGACAUUCAUCAAAAUGUAUUUUUGUGCAGGUGACGUGACCCUUAAGCCCCGAGAGAAUUCCACUGCCGUCAUAGUUUAGCGGCCUUUACUACUGACAUUUCCUGUAGGUUGCAACGAUGUGCGGACAAGGAGUGAAGUAGUGUUCCUGUCUGUUGUCGAGUCCCAGGGGCACAAAGCCUCCUCCUGAUAGUAAAAUCUCCACCGAGCCUUCAAGGGGUGUUACUGUACUUUGUUAGGUGUUCGAUGCCCAACAUACCAGUCCACUGGGCCUAUUACUGUGACCUCGGAUGUAUAACUAAAUAGCGAACAUGGUCUCAACCUUAUUUUUCUACUUUAUUUUGUGUCCAGAUCCUCAGAGACUCUUCAACAGCUUCAGAUUUAAGAUGAGAUACAAAAAAUAACACUAUGUAGGUUGACGCACUAAAACAAUGAUUCAUCCGUCCCUUCACGAUUUUUUCGCAGUGUUGUGCGUUUUUUUAAUGACACACUUGACUGGAAACUAAGCAAACAUACAAGUGCUAAAAUUGCCGGGGAACAGUUGAGUGUUUGGCGGAAUGUAUGAAUGAUGCUUUGUACAGUAAGACUGUGAACUUGGAAUUAUAAUGAACCAUCUGUGCUCCGAGUGGUUUUAAAAAUACAGAGAGAUUUAGUUUUCACCUCCCAUACUGCGAAACCCAUUACAUAAUUGGAAACGCUUCUCAGAAACCUGACUUCUGCCGCACAGACAACACUGCCAGAGCUAUACUGUUUGGAAAAAUGGCACCAAAUUGCAUAAGGCAUUUAGAAACAGAUGAGACCGGAGUGUUGGGAUGUUCUGUACAUUCCCAACACUCACAAUAUCAUCUUUGCACCUUUGCCUAAGUCGGAGAAUAACCAAGAAAAAGCCAGUAUGAUGGACGCAGGUCAAACUGGGAGAUGGCUCCUGCACAUCUUCGUCACCAAACAAAAAUGUUCAGAAGAAGCUGUGUGCAGGAUUCCGUCAUCUCCAAACACCGGUCAUAUUUAAACGCACUGCACAGGAACACAGGACAAACAGUGCACAGACACUGUGAGGCAGCUGAAGGGGUUUCUGGUUAAAAAACGCUGCUUAAAAGUGAAGGCACAGAUAGUGGCAUUCAAAAUAUUGAGCUUAAAUAUUGUUAAGGGUCAGCAGUGUGUUUAAAUGUAUGUAUGUCACAGCCACAAGUUCAUUUCACACAACCAUGUCCUAAAUUAUAAGCCAUGCAAGAAUCCUGUCUCAGGGGAAACUGACCUUCGAUCUGUAAAUAUUGGUUCCCAGCCUUUUUAGUUUGUUGUCGUCCUUUGUACAUAAAGCGGUCAAGGCAAUCUAACAUGUGCAAUGCAAAAUAUAUAUACAGCAGGAUUUUGUGUCACACGACAGAGGAGAGAGAAUAACGUGUCGACUCCAUCGAGGUGACCUGGGAUCGGACUGUGAACGAGGCCUCCACUUUGACGUGAAGCAUCCACCUGCUGGAGUCGGCGUUUCCCUCGGCUGCUCACGGAGUUAAUGAGUUACUCAAUGUGCUUUGCAUUAGCGCUCUGUCGCAGCUUCACUCCACUGCUGUGCUGGUAAUGGACCUUUUUCAACCACGUGAUCGUGUGUUCCGCUUAUUGCAAGGACAGGAAUUUGUGUCUCCAUUAGAUUUGGCCCCACUGUGCUCAUGACAUUUUAAAUGCUGAUGCUUGGCUGCCGGUGUUUUCAGGCACAUGAUCGACCUGGUCAGAUUCAGCUGAUACCAAUUCAUGGAAGUCUUUAGAGCUACUGGGUGACCAGCAACAAGUUGAAGCUACUGUUCAGGGUUAGAGAUGCAUUCAGGACUCAAAAGGGAUUAUGAGUCAGUGUCAAUGAAGAGGCUCGAAUUUCAAAAUUUCUAUUAAUGUGAAUAUUAUCCCGAGUUUCAUUUAUUUAUUUUGUUUGUUGUUUUAUUUAACUCAAAACAUUUCUUUCACCUUAUCCCUGUAUGAUUUUCUAAAAGCUGUUUUCCCCCCUUGAACAUGUAUUUCAUUUAGAUUUUGCCCCCCCCCCCAAAAAAAGACUACUACUACUAUGCAGUAUUUAAAAUUAUUAUCUACACUUCAGGUCCACAAACUACCAGAGAACAAUAGAAAGGACAUGACCUCAGGCUCCUGCGUUUCGGCACUUUAUAUUGGAAUCAACCUGGAAUAUAAUUAAGUUAUAUGAUUAAAAUUAAAACUGUGAACCUAAUGUUAACUUCCAUAGCUAACUUCUGUUCAGGUAAUUAAAUGCAAACCAUUUGAUGGACUUGAUCAAAUAGCUUUGACCUGAUAAGGAUCAAGCCAUUCGAUUUAAAUCUUAUUUAAAUAAAAGGUUGAUUGAAUCCAAAGUAGCACACUAACAGCCGUGUGUCUUUGUACGUCACACAAAUCUGCUAAGACUGUUCAACACAUGCACAUGCUUUUAUUAUGACAAGACUUGUUGUAUUGGAGGAGGCAGCAGCCCAGACUCACCCGACCAGAGUCCUACUCAGCAAAACAUCCUUUCAGUGUUUACACAUGGGGGGGGAAAUGAAAUCGCCGGUAUUAUUUAGGAUUAUAGAAGGUGGGAUGCUGCCCCUUGGUCCUGUCUGGGCGCUGGAUGUUACAACGUGACCCCUCGAUAUGUUUCAUCUGUUUCGACCACAGUAGCAGCAACAGACGACCCACCCAAAUAUAAGCAUGUGUUAGGUCUUGAACCUCUUUUGAUUCAUCUCUAUUGGUUCGAGUGAAAAACAUUGACGCUUUUUGAGUUCUCCGAUAUUUAAUCAUGUUUUAUUUAACCGUUAUUUAACUAGAAAUCAGACGUCAUGCUGAUUUUCUCAAGCUCUAAAGAAUUAAAGCUACAGAAUGCCAUUAUUUUUUUUCAUAUUGUUGGUGAUAUCCUUUCCUGUAAAUAAAAUGCUGUCCUUAUAAA